UGCUGCUGUACAGGAAAUCAGGCGAGGUCAGACUUCCGGUGUGAAAUCAGACGGCGGCCAGUAACACAAAUCAUGGGUCUCAAGUCAGAGGACGAAAUUUUACAUAAUUCCAUGACGGAGGAUGACCCAAACAGUAACAUUCAAUUCAAUAAAGCGGCGAAACAAACAAGAUGGGGCCCCCGGCACGCCGGAGCAAAGGAAUUGGCGAGCCAGUACACAGCAGGGAAGCGACUGCAGGAAGUGGCGUGUUUCUACGUGACUGUUAUACUGAUGGCCUUCAAUGGUAUACAGUUAUUACGUUACUUUGAAAUUGAAAACUGGUACUACAUACUACCUGCAGCACUUCUAGGAAUUUUAUCAGCAGACUUUUUCAGUGGUCUGGUACAUUGGGGAGCGGAUUCCUGGGGCUCAGUAGACCUGCCAAUUAUUGGCAAGGCAUUUAUUCGUCCAUUCCGGGAACAUCACAUCGAUCCCACGUCCAUAACUCGCCAUGAUUUUAUUGAGACCAACGGAGACAACUUUGCAGUGACUAUUCCAGCCUUAGCCAACAUGGCAUUCAAGUUCCUGACCUACUCACCAGAGGAGAUCAUCGCCACCUACAACUGGGAGUGCUUCGUCUAUCUUUUGGCCUUUUUUGUCAGCCUGACGAACCAGUUCCACAAAUGGUCGCACACCUACUUCGGCCUGCCUCGCUACAUCACCCUGUUGCAGGACCUGCACAUCAUCCUGCCCAGGAAACACCAUCGUAUCCACCACGUAGCCCCUCACGAGACCUACUUCUGUAUCACCACAGGAUGGCUCAACUACCCUCUGGAAAUAAUCCGCUUCUGGACCACCCUAGAAAACAUCAUCGAAUCCCUCACAGGCCACAAGCCUCGGGAUGACGACCUCAAGUGGGCAAGCAAGAGUUGAAAUUAGAUGACGUCCUUGGCACUCAUGUCUCAUCUAUCAGCUUCAUCUUUUAUGUAUGUUUCAUGACUGUGCUGUGAAGUUCUACAACUGGGUUGUAAUUAUUCGUCAGGAGUCAUUGUAAGUUAUUCGUUAAUCAACAGAUGAAAUCGACUUCCUUUGCUUUUGUGGCUUGAUAUAGAUAUUUUCCGUACAGGAUAUUGUGUUUCAAAGCAUUUGUGCUAUGAUUGUCGUAUACUUCAACAUACUCUUACGACAGUUGUAGCGCUAAGAUCGCUUUGGUAAUGAAUCCCAGAUGUAUCAUUGUUUAUUUCUAUUCUAGAAUUUAUGAUUUCUAUACUUAAUGAUAGACUUGUGACAUUUAUGUUGAGAAAGCUUUCGUUUUUCUGUAAAUACUUAUUGUUUGAUCGUUUGAUAUAGGGAACAGGAUUUAUGAGAACAAGUUUGACAAGGUUCCCAUCUGAUCUUUUUUUAGUUGUAUUUCGUUUUCAGAAGUCAUUAUUAGUUGUACAUUCAUCUACAGGGUUGUAGUGUGUAUUCUUCUUACUUUGCUUCUAUCUUUUUGUUUGGCCUAUUUAACCUCUUGAUUUAUAUUUUUACCCUACAGGGCUUGUGUCAUAAACAUGAUCAAGCAAUUUUUGCUACGAAUGUCGUAACUCCACUGCCAUAACACAGACUUACGACCAUGGCUAUGGUAAGAUGUGAAGAUAUGAGAUGGGCCCAAAAUUUAUUCCUACUUCUAGAUUGUUGUAAUGCCUAUACUAUUUUGUAGACUUACCACAGUUGCUAAAUUGUUUGGAGAAGCUAUGUUUCUAUUUCUAGAACACUACUUAUUGGUUUGUUUGUUUUGAUAUGGGGAACAUGAUUAUGAUAACAAGUUUGACAUUUGGUUCUCAUCGUCAUCUGGGAGUGUUCUGCUGAUACAGAUGCCCAGGGUCGCUCCUGUUGUUUUGUAACCCUUGGUUUAUUCUGUCUGACUCUUCCGAUUUAAGUUCUAUGUCUGGGUACUGUUAGUCAGUUGUUAAUUUGAUAAGAUAUUUAUUCCAUUUUUAUAAAAAUCAGAUGUUUUACUCCAAUUUGGUACCGCUCUUCAUGGUUUUACAAACCCCCAGGGCCCUGAUAAGAGGUCUUGCCAGGUGAACCUUCUACCAGCCAAUCAGCAUGGAGGCUUGCGCCUUUUCGGUCCAAGAGAGCGAAGCAUCGGAGCAGUGCAUCAGAUUUCAAAAGUGAAUGUUAAUGGGCAGUUCCGGAUG